GGGGCGGGCGGCGGUUAGCAUGGCGGCUGCCGCGGGGCCGGGACCGGGGCCGGGAGAGGGGCCUGGGGCCGGGGCCGACCCGCCGGGCGCCUGCCCCGGCGCGGACAGCGGGAACGUCUCCCACAGCCACAGCAGCGCUUCCGGCCUGGGGGAGCCGGAGGACGAGGAUGCCUCGGAGGCGUCGCUGAGCGCCACGGCCGCCGCCUACUCCGCGUACCUGCUCGCUGACCGCAGCCUCUUCAGCGAGCAGAUAGAAAGCUUAGACAAGAGUUUAGAAGAUUUGCUGACCAGAGUGGAUGAAUUCGUGGGAAUGCUGGACAUGAUUCGAAGUGAUUCCUCUCAAGUUGUCAAUGAAAGUAUACCUCAAAUUUACACAAAAGCUACAGAAAUGAGACACAUAUACAGGAGGAUUGACAAACUAGAGGCUUUUGUGAAGAUGAUUGGGAAUUGCGUAGCUGGACUGGAAGAACGGGUCGUAAAGGCAGAAACAGACCUUGGAGCUUUUCCAAGCACAUUCAAGAAAAUCUUGCACACAAUCAGCAUACCAUCCUUGCUUAAUAAAUCCUCUUCCUCACGACAACAGACGCUUUAUGAACCUCCAGUCCUCUUCAAGACUGAAGACUAUUUUCCAUGUCUUAACGAAGCACCUUAUUGAUGACUUUUGCUUUGGGAUUGUUACGAAACAGCCAAGUGAACAAAAGAAAUGCUAACCUCAAAACGGCUGCAUUUCUGAACGUUACUGAUGGCAUAUUGCCAUUCUGAUUCUCAUUGCCUUCCUUCAGGCAGUAUUUUCAGGUAAUCUUUAUUUGUGUAUGUUGUUUCAAACGUCUUCCUAAAACACAGUAUAAAUUUUUAGAUUAUAUUGGGAAAGGAACUUAAGAGUACUUCUGCAUUAGAUUUUUUUUUUAUUUUUUUUUUUACAUAGGGAAAUAAUAGGAAAUGUACUUCUAUGUGUUAAAAGAUGUAUAUAUAAAUAUCUGUGCUGCUGCAAGUGUAAAUAGCUAUACCACAAGGAUGUGUUUAUUGUUUUUUUCCUAAUGUACUGAUUGAGAUGAAAGAAAAACUAUGCAUAAAAUCUACUCCAAUUUCUGGAACCUGGUCCCUGCAGUUUGCAGAGAAAUGCACUGUGUUGGGAUGUACAAGUUGCAAGGGGAGGACUUGGAAGAUGGGCAAGGAGUCAAGGGCAUGGCUUGAUGCACAUGAUCUAGUCCCAGUUCACAAAGCAAACUUCCUGCCCCCACUGAUGGUCAUCAGGUCACAGUGACCCGAGCGUUGUUUUGUUUCAUGUGUAACCAGGUGGACAUUUAUAUAUAUAUAUGUAUAUAUAAUGUGGCAUCAAAAAUAAAAAAUGUCUCAGUUGAAACAGGGAUGUCCCUGGAUCAGGUGCCUGACCAGACUUUUCUGCUUUUCCCUCACAACCCUCCAUGUGGUUCAUAUGGUUACUGGGACUCCCUGCGCUGAUUGCAGCGUGUGUAUAUCAUCAAUAAACUAAUAUUAGCUAUUUAA